GGAUUGAAGAAACACAAACUGGUGAAUCCCUCCAAGACUCUCCAGGACAACAUCUGCUCUUGUCAUGAUGAGGUGAUGAAGAUCUUCUGUCGUACUGAUCAGCAGUGUAUCUGUUUUCUUUGCACUAUGGAUGAACAUAAAGGCCAUGAAACAGUCCCAGCUGCAGCAGAAAGGGCUGAGAAGCAGAAGGAGCUCCAGGGGAGUCGACAACAAAUCCAUCAGAGAAUCCAGGACCAAGAGGAAGAUGUGAAGCUGCUUCAACAGGAGGUGGAGGCCAUCAAUCACUCUGCUGAUAAAACAGUGGAGGACAGUGAGAAGAUCUUCACUGAGCUGAUCCGUCUCCUCCAGGAAAGAAGCUCUGAGGUGAAGCAGCAGAUCAGAUCCCAGCAGGAAACUGAAGUGAGUCGAGUCAAAGAUGUUGAGGAGAAGCUGGAGCAGGAGAUCACUGAGCUGAAGAGGAAAGAUGCUGAGCUGGAGCAGCUCUCACACACAGAGGAUCACAACCAGUUUCUCCUCAACUACCCCUCACUGCCAGCACUCAGGGAGUCGACACACUCAUCCAGCAUCAACAUCCGUCCUCUGAGACACUUUGAGGACGUGACAGCAGCUGUGUCAGAGCUCAGAGAGAAACUACAGGACGUCCUGAGAGACUCAUGGACAAACAUCUCACUGAAAAUCACUGAGGUGGAUGUUCUACUGUCAGAACCAGAACCAAACACCAGAGCUGAUUUCUUAAAGUAUUCAUGUAAAAUCACUCUGGAUCCAAACACGGCACAAAUGCGAGUGUUACUGUCAGAGGGGAAAAGCAAGGUGACAUGGAUGGAUCAACUUCAGUCUUAUUCCAGUCAUCCAGACAGAUUCACUGAUUAUUGGCAGGUUCUGAGUAGAGAGAGUCUGACUGGACGGUGUUACUGGGAGGUGGAGUGGAGAGGGUUACAGGUUCUUAUAGCAGUUAUAUACAAGGAUAUCAGCAGAGGAGGGGAUGAAUCUUCAUUUGGUAGUAAUGAGAAAUCCUGGGCAUUAGAAUGUUGCAAAUAUGGUUAUGAAUUUGGUCACAACAGCCUCUGGACCUCCAUCCGAGUUCCGAGGUCCUCCAGAGUUGGAGUGUACCUGGACUACAGAGCAGGUGUUCUGUCCUUCUACAGAGUCUCUAAAACCAUGACUCUGAUUCACAGAGUCCAGAACAGAUUCACUCAGCCGCUGCACGCUGGGGUUUAUGUAUCAUUGGAGUCUACUGUUAAAUUCUUUAAACCCAAAUAGAGAGAAUCCAAUUCAUCCUCCUGCAGAUUUAGUUCUGAUUAUUGUUGUUUUAUGUCUAAACUGUUCAGAAAUCAUUAGUCUGCAAUAAUUGUUUUUCUUCAAUUAUGAUAUUCUAGUUUUGUUGAAUUUGUUCAUUUUUCAACAUUCAUCUCUAAAACAUUUGAUCUGCAUAAUAAUAUCUGCUGUCUUAUCUCCUUGUUGCUUUUAGCUGCAUAGACUGUGAAUUUGGUUAUGACAAAUGAUUCCUCAUGUUGAAAAAGUGACACUGGUGCUUCAACCACAUUCUUGUUUGAACACGUUUUGUUGAAUCCUGACACAAACGACACAUAUUGUCUCAUUGUGGAUCUAAGCUGAUUUCAUGUCAGUGAUUUUCAGGUGAAACUUCAGAAUAAAGCUUUCAUUAUGCCU